AUGCCUACUUUGCCAUCAACUCCACUUUUUGAUGGAACAUCAUCACAUAAUAGUAAUUUAUUACUACAAUCAACACCAAUUUUUUCAACAUUAAAAUCAAUUACUGCUAAUCAAAAAUUUUCUAUUCUUCCACCAACAUUCAAUGAAUUUUCUUCAGUAUCACAGAGUAAUACUGUUAAUUUUACUAACAAUCACUUAACAACAAACUCAAGUAUAAUAAAUAAUAAUAAACAUUUUGAACCUGAAUCAAUUGGAUCUACCAAUUAUUCACCUAAAAAAAUUCAUUCACCUAAAAUCAAAGAAAUGUUUAAAUAUAAAGUUAAUCAAUUUAGAAAAAUUAAAGUUUCAUGUAAUAUAAUAAUACUAAUGAUCUUUAUUUCUUCUGUAUCUAUUACUGUUUCAACGUUGAGAAUUGAUAGUUUUGUAGAAAAUUUACCAAAAUCAGAAGAAAGAGUUUCCAGUAAUCAAAGACACCAAUUUGAAUAUGGAUUUUGGAAAAUGGCAUUUUUAACAACUUUAUUCCAUCUUAUGGUUUCAACAACAUUAUUAAUUAUAUGCCUGAUUCAUCUUUAUUGUGCUUAUUCUAUUACAAAAAAUUUAGAAUAUUCCGAUGAUGAAGUAUUUAUAUAUCUUAAUUCAACUGGUGUCUGGAGAAAUAUAAUGGCAUAUUUUUAUCUUGUUUCAUUAAUGAUUUCAAUUAUAACAAAUACAUGCUUUAUUUUUGUUAUACCAACAAAUAUAGCACUUCAUACAUUUUUCAAGUGGUGUAAGAUAGUAAAAGAUGAAAAUUAUUAUAAUGAUGAAUAUAAUUCUCCAACAUGUCCACGAAUAACACGAACAUCUGAAAAAAUGGAUAUUAAUAGUUUGAGUACACUACUCUUUGUUAUUUUAUCUUUUAUUGAUUUAAUUUUUUUUCCUACAACAAAGAAAGUUUUUAGAAAAUUUUAA